CCAGCCAUGCACCUCAGCCGCGAAGACAGCACCCCUGGCGCGACCCUGAUUGCCCCUGACUCGCGCGACGAGUCGCGGUCCCCGCCGGCCGUCGACGCCUCCAAGGGCUUCUUUGACUACAACGAGGAGAAAAACCUGCACCAUAUCGAGGAGAAGCUCCUCGCGCACCGCCGCGGCUCAGAUGCAGGGGCUGCCUCACGCCCUGGAUCUGUCGCCAGCUCGCCAAACCUCGCGCCGAACAUACACCAUGUCGAGGCGCCUUUCCUGAACCUCAAGCUGACCGCCAUCGCGGAGCCCUCACCGUUGCUCACGAGCGGGCGUCUACCGGAUCCCGCUAAGAGCCCUGUAGUUGCGCCGGUAGACUCGAAGGGCAAGGGCCGGAUCCCUGAGCCGUCGCUUCCGCCUGAGAACAUCCCGAUCUUGGAGGCUCUAGAACGUUGCCUCGAUGUUCGAGACAAAUACAUGUUGGUGUCCGGCCAGAAGCUGGGCUUCAAUCCGCGCGACCACGAUGGUUUGUUCACCGGCCUCGACGACGACCUCUCGACUGUGUCUGGGGUGCGCCCGGAGGUGGACUGGGAGUCGCGCCCGGCGCCGAGGAACGUCUUCAAGAAAUGGCGCAUCUACCCGCGCCCCCCUCCCCCACACUGGCACUGGCACGGCAAGGACACGGUGGCCCCAAGCAAUGCCGGGUACGAGACUAUGCCAGAUGAAGAGUUUGACUUCAAUACCUGCGAGAUACCAGGGCCCCACCAGCUGGAUUUCAGUAUUGACGAGAGAGGGGUGUAUCAGGUUUACGACCCAGCCGCGAAGGACACGAAGGAACCUGUGUUCGAGAUACCCACUAUUCGGGAGUACUUCCUUGACCUAGAGAAAGUCCUCGCAGUGAUAUGCGAUGGUCCUACAAAAAGCUUCGCGUUCCGAAGGCUCAACUAUCUCGCGAGCAAGUUUACGAUGUACUCCCUACUCAACGAACCGCAAGAGCUCGCGGAGGUGAAGAGUGUUCCUCAUCGUGACUUCUACAACGUUCGUAAGGUGGACACGCACGUACACCACUCGAGCAGCAUGAACCAAAAGCACUUGUUGCGUUUCAUUAAGUCGAAGAUGAAGCGCAGCCCGAAGGACGUCGUCAUUUUCCGUGAUGGCAAAGAGCUGACCCUUGAGGAGGUGUUCAAGUCGCUUAAUCUCACCGCAUACGACCUCUCGAUUGAUACCCUCGACAUGCACGCGCACCAAGACUCGUUCCACAGAUUUGACAAGUUCAACUUGAAGUAUAACCCUCUCGGCGAGUCGCGACUCAGGGAGAUCUUCCUCAAGACGGACAACUACAUUCACGGUCGCUACUUGGCGGAGCUCACCAAAGAGGUCAUGACCGAUUUGGAACAGAGCAAGUACCAGAACUGCGAAUGGCGCAUCAGCAUCUACGGCCGAAAGCGCGACGAGUGGGACAAGCUCGCGAAAUGGAUCGUCGAACACAAGCUGUACUCCCACAACGUACGCUGGCUCAUCCAAGUACCGCGUCUGUACGACGUGUACAAACAAGGCGGCUCGAUCAAUACGUUUGAAGACAUCGUACGCAAUGUCUUUGAACCUCUGUUCGAGGUGACGAGGGAUCCUUCUUCGCACCCUGAGCUUCAUGUCUUCCUGGAACGUGUGAUCGGCUUCGACACUGUCGACGACGAGUCGAAGACCGAGAGGCGGUUCCACAGGAAGUUCCCAUACCCUCGUCUCUGGGAUGCGAAGGAGUCCCCGCCAUACUCUUACUGGGUAUACUACAUGUACGCGAACAUUGGCAGCCUGAACCAGUGGCGGCGCCAGCGCGGAUUCUCGACUUUCGUCUUCCGGCCGCACUGCGGCGAGGCAGGCGAUCCCGAGCAUCUCGCGUCCGCGUACCUCACCGCGCACUCAAUCUCGCACGGCAUCCUGCUCCGCAAGGUGCCCGCUCUGCAGUACCUCUUCUACCUCAAGCAGAUCGGCCUCGCGAUGAGCCCGCUCAGCAACAACGCGCUCUUCCUCACGUAUGAGCGCAACCCGCUCCCGGACUUCUUCAAGGUCGGCCUCAAUGUGAGCUUGAGUACCGAUGACCCGCUCCAGUUCCACUUCACCAAGGAACCGCUGCUCGAAGAAUACAGCGUCGCCGCCCACAUCUACAAACUUCCGCAGAGUUCGCUGGCCGAACUUGCUCGUAACUCUGUCAUCCAGAGUGGCUUCGAGAUGGAGGUCAAGCGCCACUGGCUUGGCCAAACGUGGUACCUCCCCGGCGCCGCGGGCAACGAUAUCCACAAGACGAACGUCCCGAACCUGCGGCUGGAGUACCGGCGCCAGACGUUGGUGGAGGAGCUGACCAUGAUCAAGACGAAGCGCAGCGUCGAGUCGCAGGCCUACGUCUUCCCGGCCGCGCACGCAUAAUGGACGUGUAUUGUAUCAUGGAUGUCAAGAGAACGGACAGUAGGUGGCAGCCGCGCAUGCUCAGACCUUAGGCCUUAGGCCUCGCUUGGAGACACGGACUAUCAUACUUUUGAUCACAAUUUCGAGUUAACGCGUUAACAUUCUUUCAGCAAUAGAUGGUGUACAC